AGCCACCUUGCUGCGUGGCGCACCUUGUCCCUGUUAUGCAAUAUCCUCUUAAAGUCCGUUGUUCCAGCUCGUUAGAGGAGCGCGAUCCUCUGGUCGGUCCGCUGCGGGCAAAAUGCAAGGAGAUAGUAGAGAGACUGUCGGGGGGCACCGCACUCACACGCUGGGUGGACUUCCAUGUCCUUACUCUCCUUCCUGGUCUAGCCGCUUCGGCUUGCCAUCUCUCCCUCUAUUUCGCUCGAUACUCGUCCUGGAUCAUCCGGUACGGGCCUUUUCGCUGUUAUGUCUGAUAUCCUCUAAUUAGUUCGGGCCGGGGGAACAGAAGUCUGUUAUACUGGGUCCGAAGCGUAUACAUCGCGGGUUCAGGUUUAGACCGGAUACGGCGGGGUCGGCCUCGAGUUCGUCUCGGGGGAGCAGAAGCAGCAUCCCAGACUUGCGUCAGGGCUCCCCCAAUCUGGGUAGUGACCUUGUGGGUGUUCGUCGAUGCUACUCUUUGGGCGGCCCGUUCUUGGACGUAGAGUUCGAUUGGGGGAACGUCCGCCUCUCUCUUAAGCGCGGCGAUUGGUGUCCGUUUAUAAGCCCCUAGGAUCUUUCGUAGACACUUGUUCUGAACUUUGGCUAGGUCCUUCAUUUUGCCUUCAGAGAUUGGCUCACCCUGCUAAUAGACUCCCCAAAUAGGGGCGCCGUAUAUCAUAAUAGGCCGUGCAACCGCUAUGUAGAGUAGCCUCGAUUUCCGGACGGAUGGUCCCUAUACCGGUGAAGU